GUUUUAAAUUGACAUGUGUGUCCAUUAAUUAAAAUUGCAAGGCUGUAUGAUGUAUCAAUGAUAAGUAGUGUGGUUCUUUAACGAGCCAGAAAAUUAUUAUAUUAUUUUCUUUAGGUAAAUCUCCCCAACUCAAACAUUUUUUUCCGUCAGAUCCUUAAUUAUUAAUUUAUAUAAAUAUUUUUUUUUCUUCGGGAAAGUGACGUAUUUAUCCAGUCGAUCUUAUAAAAUCACAGCUUUGAUAGUAACCUCUGAACGCAACCUCGGCCGCUAAGGCACGUUGAUCUCGUGUCGAAAGUGCGGAAACAGGCCCUGUCCGCAGUUAACUUGAGCGAAUCUGCCUACAACCUUCUCUGAACUACAUUUACCAUAACCAGUGUCAUUGAGAAACAUGGCGGCCUCCUCAGGAUCAGCAAACGCUUCAGACUCCGACUUAAAAGACCUAGAUUCGGUUGGUUCUGAUAUGGCCGCUUCCACCAUUCAGUACAGCAUGGUUCUGGAGCAUCUUAUAGGAGACAAGAGAACCGUGAAGGACCUCAACCCCGGCGUGAUGGGGGGCCUGCCGGUUCCUGCUAAGAGCGACGAGCAGAAGAUGAUCGAGAGAGGAAUGGAGAGCUGCGCCUUCAAGUCAGUCCUGGCCUGUGUGGGAGGGUUUGUCCUCGGAGGAGCGUUUGGGGUUUUCACAGCUGGCAUCGACACCAACGUUGGCUUCGACCCCAAAGAUCCUUUAAGAACCCCGACAGCCCGAGAAGUCCUGAAGGACAUGGGUCAGAGAGGGAUGUCGUACGCCAAGAACUUUGCCAUCGUGGGAGCCAUGUUCUCCUGUACAGAAUGCAUCAUAGAAUCACACAGAGGCAAAUCAGACUGGAAGAACGCAGUUUACAGCGGCUGUGUAACCGGAGGAGUCAUCGGAUUUCGAGCUGGACUGAAGGCAGGAGUUCUUGGAUGUGGAGGGUUUGCUGCGUUUUCUGCUGCCAUUGAAUACUACUUACGCUGAGUCAGAGACUCUUAAAGACAAGGACUUCACUGCUGCACACGCAGUCGGAUCGAGAAGCUGGGCCGCGUUGAGAAUAAGGAGACUUCUGUGUUCAUUUUAUGUGAACUGAAGCAAAGUGAGGCCAGCUCAUGUGCAAGAGCUCCAGAAACAGCUUCAGACGGCUUCAUCUGCGAGCAACGUGUCUGGAUGGAGACAAACACAGAACCACAUGUUUAUUCACAUGGAAACUAUAAAAUAUAUGUCCAUAAACUAUUUGUUACCCUAAAAA